GUGGUUGUCUUAAUUAUUGCAACACAGUGCAAAAAUGAUCCUGAAGCUCUAAUACACAUAGGGUACAAUAAAUUAAUUACAAGAAGGAUCAUUGCUAAGAGGGCAAUUCAAUGUAACCAGGAUGAAUACAAUUUAGACGAUAAGUGUUGCAAGAAAUGUGAAAGCGGUUUUGUUAAAAAGACUGACUGCCCAACAAAUAUUAGUGAACACUGUGUUCCAUGUGAAAAUGGAAAGGGGUACACAGAUCAUGUCAAUAAUUUGGACAAGUGUAUGAGAUGCUCUUCAUGUGACAGCAUAUUCGGUUUGGAGGUUGCAAAGAACUGCACCCCAGCACGGAACACAGAAUGCACCUGUGCAAAAAACUAUUUUUGCAAUUCUUCUGUCUCAUGUCAGCACUGUGAUCCAUGUACCAUAUGUGAAAGUGGUGUAAUUGAAAAACAUUGUACUUCAACUUCAGACACUGUGUGCGGAAUUAAAGAUAAGAGAAAACAGAAGGGCCUUACUAGCACAGACAAACCAAGUAAAGUAGUCUCCACACCAGACGUUUCUUAUGAGAAUGUACCUCUCAUAUACACAGAUAUUGACCUGAGCAGCCAUGUUGCUGGUAUUGUGGAGGAGAUGACACUCCAAGAAGUCAAGACGUUUGUUCGUCAUCACAAAGUACCAGAACCUGUCAUAGAUCAAACGGUUCGGGAUUAUUUUAGUGAUACGUCUGAACAGAAGAUUCAGCUGUUUCAAGUCUGGUACCAAAGACAUGGGAUAAAAGGAGCCUAUGGAACCCUUAUAAGCAGCCUGAGAGCGCUUAAAAUGUGCACUGCAGCUGAUAAAAUUGAGGAAAAACUGAAGGCAACUGUUUCCAGCUGUCAGGAAGGGGGACAGUCUUACAGUGAUGACACUGAGCAAAGCAAAACCUGCAGACAGGAAAGUAGAAACUCUUACAAUGACAGUGCUAAGCUAAGUAAAACCUAUUCUGGUAGUUUGGAAGAGACAUAG